AUGGGAGAUGGGGGUAUCAAGACAGUGUUAAGGAUCAAAGAGGAUAUCACAGUAAGGGCAAGAAAAAAAUGUAUGAUGAACAAGACACCAAAAAGGUUAAGGUGCCUGAAAGAGGGAACAAGAGAACUUCAACAUACCAUAGCCAUAGCGGAGCUGAGGAAGGAGGCUCACGAUACAGAGGACCCCGAGGGGAACAGUCCCGAAGCCAUUCUCAAGAAGAAAGGAACCUAUCUUCUUGUGGCCAAAGAAGAGAAGGAGUACCUUUGA